UUCAGCGAAGACAAAAACAACGCUCGCUCCAAUUUACCGGCGUGACAGUUGAACAACAACAAUCAAGCUUCCGGUUUUUCCCCAUUCUUACUAGAGAGUUCACUAGCAUGAUCUUGUGAGCGUAAAAUCAACAAGUUUAUGUAUAAUAGAUUUACGUGUACGCUAGGUACAUUUUAUUAUUUUGUUUGUCGUGGAAUAAGAGCACCGAAAGAGCUAUUACUGACUUUGAUACACCGCUUUAUUUGACCAUUACACUGCGGGCAACUUCCAAUACGGGUUAUUAUGAGCGAAGGAGAGGUAUUCCAUGAGAAGCAGCGACUGGAGUUGUGCGCCAUUCAUGCUCUGAACAACGUUCUGCAAGAACAAGUGUUCACCAAGGAGACGGCAGAUGACAUCUGCAAGCGGCUAGCUCCACAGUGUGUGGUGAACCCUCACCGCUCGAUGCUGGGCACAGGCAACUAUGACGUCAACGUCAUCAUGGCUGCCCUACAGAGCAGAGAGUUGGCUGCAGUAUGGUGGGACAAACGCAGAACAGUACAGAGUCUCUGUGUUGACAAGGUCCAGGGGUUCAUCCUGAACGUUCCGUCACGUGUCUCUCUUGGAAUUGUGUCCCUCCCCGUCAAGCGGCGGCACUGGCUUGCAGUGCGCCAGGUUAAUGGACACUACUACAACCUCGACUCCAAACUAAAGAGUCCUGUCUGCAUCGGGAACGAAGCAGAUCUCCGUACAUUUCUCAGUGAAGUUCUGUCUCCGGACGUGGCAGAGAUGCUCCUGGUUGUGAGGAGGGACGUGGAGGAGUAUGGAACCUGGCUGAACUCUGAUGACCUCAGGAAGUGAUUCCUCUGGCCUGGGCAUUCCUUCAUUCAUUCAGCAUGGGACUCAAACUCCUGCUCUACUCUGGAAAAACAAAUAACCUUUAUAGAAAAAAAGAGGCACUUAACAAAAAGUACAUAUUUCAGGAAAUGCAUUACCGGUUGCUGAGGAGUGUGGGCACUCUUAGAUACACGAAGUGCCAAAGAUCAUUUAAGAUGACGAGGGAUUUCUGUCCCAAAUUACUUGUUUGUAAAAGUUUACUGACUGUUUGGAUUUCUACACUACAGCUGCAUCUAUAUAUUUUUCCUUCUCUCUUCCUUUUUCCUACGCACUGCACUGUCGAGGUAGAUCAGUUAGAACUGGUUUGUCUUUGUUAUUCUAUGCACUGCACUGUCAACGUAGAUCAGUUAGAACUAGUUUGUCUUUGUUAUUCUAUGCACUGAGGUAGAUCCGUUAGAACUAGUUUGUCUUUGUUAUUCUAUGCAAAGAGGACGUACAGAGGCGGCACUGGAUGUCAUGUUGACAACUGACUGUGUGAAAAUAAUGCUUCUAUGUUUGUUCUGUCUACAUCUAACUAUGCAUAUCCAAGUGAAUGGGAACACUGUCUUUCUGUUACACGCGCUCAAACUACACACACAGUCAGAGGAUAUAAAGAAAAUGUUAUUUAUAUGUAACGAAGUGUCUUGUCUUUCAGAGGUUCAGCAGCACAGUUCAUUCACAGUUGAGUGACUUAAACAAGGCAACUUUAUUAAUUAUAAUUUUAUUUAUAUUAGACUCUGGAGUGAAAAAGGUUGCCAUUCAAAAGGAGCAUUGAUUAUUACCAUACAAAUGCAAUUCAAGGGUUAACAAGGGCAGUAGGCAAGGAGGGUGUUCAAUGAAAUCUGACAUCACAUAUGUACAUAACAUCCUAUAGAGACCCCAGAAACCCACUGCUAUAUAGUUAUUAUUGCUAUUUACGGUAGAGCUACUGCAGCACCAGUGGCAGGAGUUUUAUUGCUAUGUGCCUGCUGUCAUUGCAUGGGAGUUGUAGUUCUAACGGUCUCGUGGUUGGAUGGGAGUUGUAGUUCUCAAUUCAGCCUACAAAGAGGUUUGUACUAUAGCCCUCUGUUGAAUGUUCUUUUUAAGAGCAAAGUUUCAUGAGGGGAUGGGCAACUCCAGUCCUUGGGGACUUGGUGUCCCUUCUGCAGCUGACUCCAAUAAUCACCUAAUCAUGAUCUUCAGUUUAGAACGCAAUUAGUUUAUUCACCACUCCGGCCCCAAGGACAGGAGUUGCCAAUCCCUGAUUUAGAUAAUGUCAUCAACAGUGAAAUGUAUAGUAUCAGAAGGUAAUACAAAGGAGAUACAGAAUUUUCACUUAUAAAAAGUAAAUCAAAUAAAAAUUGCACGUUGAA